AUAACGCGGCAUUGUGAUUGGUUCCCAUAUCUUCCUUCCGGCCUUUCUUGAAUCGUUGGACCUCCGCGAGAAAGAAAGGAUGCAGUGGUACUUCAUUGCCGCUCUUCUCACCAUCCUCACAAGUUCCCAGAUCACCUUGCUGUUGUCAGCUAUAGAAGGGCUUGUUGGCUACAACUGACAGAAAAAAUAUUUCUCUUUGUAUACAUGACAGGGAAUUUUGACAACGCUCUCACAAAGUAAUGGUGGUUACUCAUAUGAUUAUGCUACUGUUCCAUUUCUUGCAGAAAUCUUCAAGCUUGUAGUAUCCACUUUCUUCCUUUGGAGAGAAUGCAAUUCAUCAAGUCCUCCAAGGAUGACUACAGAAUGGAGGACUGUGCGGUUAUUUCCAAUUCCCUCUGUCAUAUAUCUGAUCCACAAUAAUGUUCAGUUUUCUACCUUAACAUAUGUGGAUCCAUCAACAUAUCAGAUAAUGGGCAAUCUCAAAAUUGUAACAACUGGUAUCUUAUUCAGGCUGUUCAUGAGGAGGAGAUUGUCAACCUUACAGUGGAUGGCAAUUGUGUUAUUAGCUGUUGGAACAACUACAAGUCAGGUGAAGGGCUGUGGAGAAGCAUCAUGCGACUCUCUCUUUUCAGCACCUAUGCAGGGAUACAUGCUGGGACUACUUUCUGCCUGUCUUUCUGCACUAGCUGGUGUUUAUACAGAAUACUUAAUGAAGAAGAACAAUGACAGUCUCUACUGGCAAAAUGUACAAUUAUACACGUUUGGCUCUAUCUUUAACAUGGCACGACUUCUUUUGGAUGAUUUUAGAGUUGGAUUUGAGAAUGGACCAUGGUGGCAACGACUUCUCAGUGGAUACACUAUUACCACAUGGAUUGUUGUAUUAAAUUUAGGAUCUACUGGGUUGCUGGUGUCAUGGUUGAUGAAAUAUGCAGACAAUAUUGUGAAGGUAUAUUCAACAUCGAUGGCAAUGCUGUUAACAAUGGUUUUAUCAAUAUUCCUUUUUAAUUUCAAGCCUAGUGUGCAGCUCUUCUUGGGGAUAAUUAUCUGCGUGAUUUCAUUACACAUGUACUUUGCUCCAGUGCACAUGCUUGUGGAUUUGCCAGUGACCUCAAAGAGGCCAACUGACACACUCAAGGAAGUUACCGUCCAACAAGCAGGAGAAUGAUGAUGCUAGAUAUCCUAUUAACAGAUAACACUGAUUCAAUUAGCCAGAAUCUGGUUCCAACAUCCCUGCAACUCAGCUCCCAUAUGGACCCUGUGUGAUGGAAAAACCAAGUGUGAAGACUUUGUAGCUUGCAGUAUCAGAUAAUGCAAACAUCAAACGAUCAGUUCGUCGAGGCAAGCAGCUCUCUGCCUGCAGCAUCAAGCACCUUGAUUCGAAAAAAAUGCAUGGUCAUUCUGUAAGACAUACAUUCUCUGAUUUUUAUGGGAUUUUUAGUCGAUCCUACAGGAUUAUCUAAAUAUGUUUUAAGAUAUUACUGACGGUUGGUUGGUUGGUUAGACUAGAACAGCGCAGAAGUGGGGAUCAGAUCGGUAGAUUCUGUCAGGACAACUAAGAAAAUAGUCAAAACAUUUUCAGUGUGACACAUAUAGACAUUUGUUUCAUAAAAAAGGUUUUAAUAUGUUGAUCAA